GAAACUCGCGUCAAAGCAACAAUUCUGACUGUCAAGAAAGAAAAUUAAAUAAAAUUUUAUAGAGAAAUAUGAAUGAAAUAGAAAAAUGCUCCAGGUUUUAUUUUUGCUUAUUAUUGUCGACAUUUUAAACGCCGUGUUGUAUGUUGACACAGGACCUACCAAAAGGCCACAAUCGGAGUUCGAGACCGUCUUAACAGAUGUGAAAGAAAAAGAGAAAAUCAUCAACUGUGAAGACUUUUCUCAAUAUUCCAGGAACUGCACGUCUGAUGCUGCUCUGGUGUAUAAUUCAAGCAGAAUGAUUCCACCGCUACCUAACAAACUUUAUGACUGGUGCAAAGCAAUAAAACAUCUAACAACCUGCGCAAUGGAUUGGAAUAUCGACUGUAAAGGACAAACUGACAGUUACUUCAACGAAGAAAGCAUCAAAGGACACAUACACGUGGCUAACAAUAUUUGUGACGAUGACUUAUUUUUGUUACAUUACGAAGGAUUGACACAAUGUAUUGAAAGCAAUGAGGACCGUUGGGAAGAUUGCUACAAAAUCUUCAAAAUGAUUGUCGAACAGGAGAAGAAUACUAGUCUUGAAUGGACACAUUACGACAUUCAUUUUAAUUUAUGUUGUGCAAGAACCUCUUUUCGAAGAUGUACGCUGAACAUUAUUUUUCGAUCACCCUCAAAUUGCACGCACGACCAAGCAGUGACGCUGCAGAAGUUCUCAGUCAUCGUCUCUGAAGGAGCCGUCUAUCAGGACUGUGGCAAGAAUAUAAUGUAUGAACAAUGUCCUGGUGGAGAUCCGAGGCCUUCGAAGCACAUGCUGAAGCGACUAACUAGUGAAAAUGAUGCUAGGAGCAAAGCAAACGCCGAUCUGUCAAUGUUUUUUGUAUUUGUCAGCGCUCUUAUAUUUUUCGUACACUGUUUAUUGUUUCUUAAUCAAAAUAUUUUAAAAUAA